UCAAACGAACCGAUCUUGUAGAAACACUGGAAUCAUUUAUGCAUUGCAGUUCCUCUUUCUUGUUUUUGCUCCAUCCCUGGGAUAUUUUGAGUGGAUGGGGCUAUAAAUCAAGAUCUCUUGCUAUUCGUGAUUUGCUUGUCGUUUUUGCUCAGGAUUAGUAUCAUUCAAGACAAACGCAAAGCUGUCUCCCCCCCCCUUUUGAAAAAUCAUUUUUGGGGGCUGUUGAAGAGAGCUAGGACCCAGGAGACACCUUCCCAAACAGCAGGGGUUGUGUGCUUUCACAUAGCAGUACUGUACAAGGAAAACCCGUCGGAUCUGUUAUUGCGGGAUACUUGUGAAAUAUACAUAGAAUUCUUUCUUAUGGCUGCAUCCCGGAUCUGGAAAUUUUACUUGGGGACCAGGCGGAAUUGAAAGGCUACAUGUAUCCAGAAGAUUUGCAAGUGAGACUCCGAUUCUUGUCAUAGAGCUCACAGACUUCCUCACUUAUCAGCCGUUUUCCUUCCUUUUUUUUGUCUUAAAAGAUUAUUUACCCUCUCUUUUUUUCUGUGCUCUCCUCUUUCAGUCUCUUCCUUUCUAUUUGCCUCUUUUUUUUUUCUCCCAGUCUUUUAUCCCCUGCUCUGCACCUGGAUUGUAUCUUCACCAAACAAUCGGGCACUUUGAGAACUAACUGGAGACAGUAUUUUAGGGGAAGAUCUGUAUGGAAUUAUCUGCUUUUAUGGUGAACUUGGCAGUUGUGAAUGGGCGUCUUGUUCACAAUAUUAAUUGCUAACAAAAAGAAGAAAAAGAGCCCGGGAGUAAAACGUGGAUUUUUCUGAAUACGCAUUGUGAUGACCAGCAAUUACCUUACCGACUAACAUCCAGCGGAGAAUAAUUUGGAAGACAGUUGUGGAAUAAAAGUGCCAAAUGGAAGAAUGAGAGGCAAAGAGAAUGGAAUGCUUCACCUAAUUGCCUGGAUGCUGCCUUAGAUCUAAAUGUUGGAACAGCCUUUAAGAGCUGGAAGAUGAAAGCUCCGAUUCCGCAUUUGAUUCUCUUAUAUGCUACUUUUACUCAGAGUUUGAAGGUUGUGACCAAAAGAGGCUCUGCAGAUGGAUGCACUGAUUGGUCCAUCGACAUUAAGAAAUAUCAAGUGUUGGUGGGAGAACCUGUUCGAAUCAAAUGUGCACUCUUUUAUGGUUAUAUCAGAGCAAAUUAUUCCCUUGCCCAAAGUGCUGGACUCAGUUUGAUGUGGUACAAGAGCUCUGGCCCCGGAGAUUUUGAAGAACCAAUAGCCUUUGAUGGAAGUAGAAUGAGUAAAGAAGAAGACUCCAUUUGGUUCCGACCGACAUUGCUACAGGACAGUGGUCUUUACGCCUGUGUCAUCAGAAACUCCACUUACUGUAUGAAAGUAUCCAUUUCCCUGACAGUGGGUGAAAAUGACACUGGACUCUGCUACAACUCCAAGAUGAAAUACUUUGAAAAAGCUGAACUUAGCAAAAGCAAGGAAAUUUCAUGCCGUGACAUAGAGGAUUUUUUACUACCAACCAGAGAACCGGAAAUCCUUUGGUAUAAGGAAUGUAGAACAAAAAGUUGGAGGCACAGUAUUGUAUUCAAAAGAGAUACCUUGCUUAUAAGAGAAGUCAGGGAAGACGACAUUGGAAAUUAUACAUGUGAAUUAAAAUACGGAGGCUUUGUCGUGAGAAGAACUACAGAAUUAACCGUUACAGCUCCUCUGACUGAUAAGCCACCCAAGCUUUUGUAUCCUGUGGAAAGUAAACUGACAAUUCAGGAAACUCAGCUCGGUGACUCAGCUAAUCUAACCUGCAGAGCUUUCUUUGGGUACAGUGGAGAUGUCAGUCCCUUAAUUUACUGGAUGAAAGGAGAGAAGUUUAUUGAAGAUCUGGAUGAAAAUCGAGUUUGGGAAAGUGAUAUUAGAAUUCUUAAGGAACAUCUUGGGGAAAAGGAAGUUUCUAUCUCUUUAAUUGUGAGCUCUGUGGAAGAAGGUGACUUGGGAAAUUAUUCCUGUUAUGUUGAAAAUGGAAAUGGACGUCGACAUGCCAGUGUUCUCCUUCAUAAACGGGAGCUAAUGUACACAGUUGAACUUGCUGGAGGGCUUGGUGCUAUUCUUUUACUGCUUGUUUGUUUGGUGACCAUCUAUAAGUGUUACAAGAUAGAAAUCAUGCUCUUCUACAGGAAUCAUUUUGGAGCUGAGGAGCUGGAUGGAGACAAUAAAGAUUAUGAUGCCUACUUAUCGUACACCAAAGUGGAUCCUGACCAGUGGAAUCAAGAGACUGGGGAAGAAGAACGUUUUGCCCUUGAAAUCCUCCCUGAUAUGCUUGAAAAGCAUUAUGGAUACAAGUUGUUUAUACCCGAUAGAGAUUUAAUCCCAACUGGAACAUACAUUGAAGAUGUGGCAAGAUGUGUAGAUCAAAGCAAGCGGCUGAUUAUUGUUAUGACUCCAAAUUAUGUGGUUAGAAGAGGCUGGAGCAUCUUUGAACUGGAGACCAGACUUCGAAACAUGCUUGUGACUGGAGAGAUUAAGGUGAUCUUAAUCGAAUGCAGUGAACUCCGAGGCAUUAUGAACUACCAAGAGGUGGAGGCCCUCAAGCACACCAUCAAGCUCCUGACGGUCAUUAAAUGGCAUGGACCAAAAUGCAACAAGUUGAACUCUAAAUUCUGGAAACGUUUACAGUACGAAAUGCCUUUUAAGCGGAUAGAACCCAUUACACAUGAGCAGGCUUUAGAAGUCAGCGAGCAGGGGCCUUUUGGGGAGCUGCAGACUGUCUCAGCCAUUUCCAUGGCUGCGGCCACCUCCACAGCUCUAGCCACUGCCCAUCCAGAUCUCCGUUCUACCUUUCACAACACUUACCAUUCCCAAAUGCGUCAGAAACACUACUACCGAAGCUACGAGUAUGACGUACCUCCUACCGGCACCCUGCCUCUUACCUCCAUAGGAAAUCAGCAUACCUACUGUAACAUCCCUAUGACGCUCAUCAAUGGGCAGCGGCCCCAGACAAAAUCGGGCAGAGAGCAGAAUCCGGAUGAGGCCCACACAAACAGUGCCAUCCUGCCACUGUUGCCAAGGGAGACCAGUAUAUCCAGUGUGAUAUGGUGACAGAAAAGCAAGGGACAUCCCACCCGUGGGAGUUUGAGUGGAAUCUGCAGUCCAGUGCCUGGAACUAAAUCCUCGACUGCUGCUGUUAAAAACACGCAUUACAAUCUCUAGAACACGAGGAAAAACAGGGUCUUGUACAUAUGUU